AUGUCUUCAAAAUAUUUAACGAUAUUGUGCCGGGAUUUUGGUCAAAUGCUCGAAGAAGCUGACGACUAUAAUGUUAUAAUUGAAGUGGGCGAAGAACCAAAUGUAAAAACGUUUAAAGCACAUGAUAAUAUCUUAAAAGCGAGAUGUUCAUAUAUUUAUACUGGAAUUGUCUCAUUAAACGAUCAUGAAGACUACACAAUACAUGAUCUACUAAUAGCAGUAGAUGAAUUAUUUCUAACUGAUCUUUUUGACUACAUACAAGAACAUUUAAUCGCAUUUCGUUCGAAAUGGAUUCUCGAAAAUUUUAUAAUUGUCAUGACGACCGCAUUCCAGUAUGAAAAUUUCAAGCUAUUACAAAAAUAUUGCUUGGAUUUGUUGUGUAAAGAUCCUGUGCAAUGUCUCAAUAUAGAUUACAUAAGUUUUUUAAAUGAGAAUAUUCUCGCGGCGUUAUUGAAUCGUAGUGAUUUGGAGAUGAAUGAAGCUGAUUUAUGGGUCUAUUUGUUAGAAUGGGGAAUUUCACAUUCUGGAAUUUCGUAUUCUGACCCUGCGAUUUGGACGGAUGAACAUUUCAAGAUACUUGAGACGAAAUUGCGAAAUUUAAUUCCAUUUAUUAGGUUUUCACAAUUUAGUUCAACUCAGUGGAGACGACUAGUGAAACCGUACAAACAAAUUCUUCCACUAAAAUUGUACACGGCACUUGAAAAAGAGUUUUCUCUAAAGAGCUUGGAUUCUAAACCAACACCACCUGCUAUGACAAUUUCACCACAAAUGACUCCACGUAAUGCAUCAAUUAAUUCUGUACUAAUAAACACAAGACAUUUAGGAAUUCUGGCUACUUGGAUAAGUCGAAAAGAUGAUAAUCCAUUCAAUGACGGAAACAUUGUCCAUGAUUUUCGUAACAUACCAUACCAAUUAAAACUUUUGUUACGCGGAACGCGUGACGGUUUCUCAACAAGCGCAUUUCACAAUAAAUGUGACAACAAAGACGCCACGAUAGUAAUAAUGAAAAUACGUGAAAGUGGACGAUUAAUUGGAGGUUACAAUCCGAUUGGAUGGUCAUCGAGAAAUAUGUGGGUGAAUUCACGAUACUGUUUUAUUUUCUCGUUUGAUGAUGGUAUCGCUUUGCAUAAAUCAGUGUUGAGUCGUGUAGUUGAUCCAAGUCGUGCUGUUUUAUGUUCGCAGAUGAUUGGUGCUUGCUUCGGAAGUGGGGAUUUGGUUAUGGGUGGGGCGAGAGGUGAUUUCGAUAUGGAUUUGGCGUGUUCAUCGAAUAUUCAAUCAUACGAGAAGCCGAUUACGAAUUUGGAUCGCUUUUCGGUUGAGGAGUAUGAAGUUUUUCAGGUGAUGCGGCGGUUACGGACUUGUUGA